GCAUUUCAGACGUGGGCUGAACGAGAGCGAGCGAGCGAGCUCUGCGGCUGCAGCGAUCUCUCGAUAAGCCACCUAGAGGCGACUCUGUGCGCGCGCUCCCCAGUGGCUCCCGCCCUCCCUCUGAUCAUGUUGACAUAUUCACAGGACAGGCAGUAGUACCGAUGCGGCGCUGCGACGUUACAGUUUCCGACACCUUCUUUUUAUAACUCGGCUCUAUCCCGCAGCACUCGACCUGUGAAAACCACGCCUAUGCAGCAACACAAUUGGUCCGAAAGCGUCAAAGAGCCAAUCAAGAGGCCUCCGGCUCCCCGCAGCCCACAGCGCAGCCCGACCUUCUAGAGCCGCCGAGCAGACGCCCGGGGAAUUCUAGAGGCGGAGGAGGGUGGCGAGGAGCUCUCGCUUUCUCUCGCUCCCUCCCUCUCCUACUCCGACUCUCUCUCUCUCUCUCUUUCUCUCUCUCUCUCCUUUCCAUUUUCCCCCUCUAAAUCCUCCCUGCCCGGCGCGCCUGGACGCAGAUUUAGGAAGCGAAUUGGCUCACGUUUUAGGACAAGGAAGAGAGGCACGGGAGAAGAGCUCUCUGCAAGAUUCGGAUUGAAACCCAGGCACCCUCCGGAGGCUCGGAGUGGAGGAAGGAGGAGGAGGAGGAGGGCGAACGGAAGCCAGUUUGCAGUUCAAGUUUUGAUAGCGCCGGUCGGAGGGGGUUUAAAUCAGAAUUGUUUUGUUUUGUUUUGUUUUGUUUUUUAAGAGUGACUUUUCCGCUCUCUCGCCCCCGGUGCAAGCCGGGUCUAGCGCAACUGCAGACGCCUCCAGCGAGGAAGAGAGGGAGGAAGAGAUAGGGAGGCGGGGGAAGAAGAAAAAGGGAAGGUAAAAAGUCUAGGAGAACCGUUCGCAUUUGCAACAAAGAACCUAGGGACUGGGGAGGGAUUCCCGGGACGCAGGGCUGGAGUGUCUAUUUCGAGCUCAGCGGCUGGGGCUCCGGCGCGAGUCGAGAGCCUGCUCGCUGCUCUCGCUUCUGAAACCCACUUUCAGGAGCGGCUUUUUGAAAACGCAAGGCACGAGAACCCGAGCGACUAUGUCUCCUGAUUUUUCGCCUUGCCCUCUUUAAAAGCGGCAUUCUCCUCCCCAAAAGACACUUCUCCCCCCUCCCUUUGAAGUGCUUUAGUUGUGCUUGCUUCUUUUUUUUACUCCCUCUUUUUCUUUUGAACUAUGUGCGGCUGGUAAACAAACAAACAAACCAAAAAAAAAAAAAACCCCAAAAGCCAAAGACAGCAGCUGCGGACUUGUCCCCGGCUGGAGCCCGGCGCCCCGCCUGGAGUGGAUGAGCCUCUCCAUGAGAGAUCCGGUCAUUCCUGGGACAAGCAUGGCCUACCAUCCGUUCCUACCUCACCGGGCGCCGGACUUCGCCAUGAGCGCGGUGCUGGGUCACCAGCCGCCCUUCUUCCCUGCGCUGACGCUGCCUCCCAACGGCGCGGCGGCGCUCUCGCUGCCCGGCGCCCUGGCCAAGCCGAUCAUGGAUCAGUUGGUGGGGGCGGCGGAAACCGGCAUCCCGUUCUCAUCCCUGGGGCCCCAGGCGCAUCUGAGGCCUCUGAAGACCAUGGAGCCCGAAGAAGAAGUGGAGGAUGACCCCAAGGUGCAUCUGGAGGCUAAAGAACUUUGGGAUCAGUUUCACAAGCGGGGCACGGAGAUGGUCAUUACCAAGUCGGGAAGGCGAAUGUUUCCUCCGUUUAAAGUGAGGUGUUCUGGACUGGAUAAAAAAGCCAAAUACAUUUUACUAAUGGACAUUAUAGCUGCCGAUGACUGCCGAUAUAAGUUUCACAAUUCUCGGUGGAUGGUGGCAGGUAAAGCUGACCCUGAAAUGCCAAAGAGAAUGUACAUUCACCCGGACAGCCCCGCUACGGGGGAGCAGUGGAUGUCUAAAGUCGUCACUUUCCACAAACUGAAACUCACCAACAACAUUUCGGACAAACAUGGAUUUACUUUGGCCUUCCCAAGUGAUCACGCAACGUGGCAGGGGAAUUAUAGUUUUGGUACUCAGACUAUAUUGAACUCAAUGCACAAAUACCAGCCCCGGUUCCACAUUGUCAGAGCCAAUGACAUCCUGAAACUCCCUUAUAGUACAUUUCGGACAUACUUAUUCCCUGAAACUGAGUUCAUCGCUGUGACUGCAUACCAGAAUGAUAAGAUAACUCAGUUAAAAAUAGACAACAACCCUUUUGCAAAAGGUUUCCGGGACACUGGAAAUGGCAGGAGAGAAAAACGAAAACAGCUCACCCUGCAGUCCAUGAGAGUGUUUGAUGAAAGGCACAAAAAGGAGAAUGGGACCUCGGAUGAGUCCUCCAGCGAACAGGCAGCCUUCAACUGCUUUGCUCAGGCUUCUUCUCCGGCAGUCUCCACUGUAGGGACAUCAAACCUCAAAGAUUUAUGUCCCAGCGAGGGGGAGAGCGACGCGGAGGCCGAGAGCAAAGAGGAGCACGGCCCCGAGGCCUGCGACGCGGGCAAGAUCUCCACCACCACGUCGGAGGAGCCGUGCCGCGACAAGGGCAGCCCGGCGGUCAAGGCGCACCUCUUCGCGGCGGCGGAGCCCGGCGGCCGGCCCCGCGACAGCGGGCGGCUGGACAAGGCGUCGCCCGACUCGCGCCACAGCCCGGCCACCAUCUCGUCCAGCACCCGCGGCCUGGGCGCGGAGGAGCGCAGGAGCCCGGGCCGCGAGGGCGCGGCGGCGGCCGCCAAGGCGGAGGAGGCGCGCGCGCUGCCGGGCAAGGAGGCCUUCGCGCCGCUCACCGUGCAGACGGACGCGGCCGCGCACCUGGCCCAGGGCCCCCUGCCCGGCCUCGGCUUCGCCCCGGGCCUGGCGGGCCAGCAGUUCUUCAACGGGCACCCGCUCUUCCUGCACCCCGGCCAGUUCGCCAUGGGCAGCGCCUUCUCCAGCUUGACGGCCGGCAUGGGGCCCCUGCUGGCCACCGUGUCCGGCGCCUCCACCGGCGUCUCGGGCCUGGAUUCCACCGCCAUGGCCUCUGCCGCGGCGCAGGGACUGUCCGGGGCGUCUGCGGCCACCCUGCCCUUCCACCUCCAGCAGCACGUCCUGGCGUCUCAGGGCCUGGCCAUGUCGCCUUUCGGAAGCCUGUUCCCUUACCCCUACACGUACAUGGCGGCGGCGGCGGCCGCCUCCUCCGCUGCAGCCUCGAGCUCCGUGCACCGCCACCCGUUCCUCAACCUGAACACCAUGCGCCCGCGGCUGCGCUACAGCCCCUACUCCAUCCCGGUGCCCGUGCCCGACGGCGGCAGCCUGCUCACCACGGCCCUGCCCUCCAUGGCGGCGGCCGCGGGGCCCCUGGACGCCAAAGCCGCGGCCCUGGCGGCCAGCCCGGCCUCGGUGGCCGUGGACUCGGGCUCUGAACUGAACAGCCGCUCCUCCACGCUGUCGUCCAGCUCCGUGUCCUUGUCGCCCAAACUCUGCCCCGAGAAGGAGGCGGCCACCAGCGAACUGCAGAGUAUCCAGCGGUUGGUCAGCGGCUUGGAAGCCAAGCCGGACAGAUCUCGCAGCGCGUCCCCGUAACCCCCUCCCGGAGAAGGUCUCUUCGUUCCAGUCCAGUCGAGUCUGCAGUGCACUUUGUCGGAUGUGAAAUGGAAACCACGGGCCUGCCGUGGGGUGAGCCCUGUCUUUUGCGGUCGCGUCUGGGAAGGUGCCGGACUCCCCCCGGGAGAAUGUACUAGAGAAAGGCCCUGUCUUCUUGGCGUGGUUUAUGUAUCCGGGAUCUGGCCCCGAUUCCGGGGGCUCAGGAACAGUCUGUUGCAUUGAGCUGUUGGGGGUGGAAGUUCAAACAUGUGUGUCCAGAGAAACUUCCAGCAAGGCUGGUCUGGGAGCUGUGGCCAAGCCCACCAGGAGGGGAGAUGUUGUUCAAAGGCAUCUAUCUCCCUCAGUGUGGAUUUAUACAUAUAUAUAUAAUUUUUUUUUCCUUCAGUGUCAAGUGGAAACAAAAACAAAUAAAAUUUAAAAAAAAAUCGGGACAAAUGAAUACAUUAACAUGAUUCUGUUUGUGGAGAUUAAAAAUUUUAUAGUGACUUGCAUAUCGGUUCUCAAUAAAUUACUGAGCAGCGUUGUUUGGGUAGGGAAGUCCCUGCCACCCUUGUUUAGUCUAUAUUAAGGAAAUCUGUGUCUUUUUAAUAUUCUUGUGAUGUUUUAAGAGCCGCUAUAGGUCUCUUCUUGCAUGUUCCACAGUGAUGUAUUUGUGGGUUUUAUUUUGAAUGCUUGCUUUUAGAGAGAUAACAGCAUAAUAACCCCACACCCUUCUCCCCAUCCUGUGUCCUCAAAAAAUCGGCAACCCCAAGAGGGAGGGAGGAUUUGGAGGGAAGAAGAGUGGAAAACACACACACACACAAAAUGAAUUUAUUUUAUCUAAGCUGUGUAGCAGGAUUCAUGUUGUCCCUCUUUGGCAGUUCUCUUUUCCUGUAUAUGCAAUAACAAGGUUUUAAAAAAAAAUAAUAAAGAAGAAAAGCGCGACUAUUAGACAAAGUAUUUAUGUAAUUAUUUGAUAAACUCUUGUAAAUAGGUGGAAUAUGAAUGCUCGGAAAAUUAAACUUUAAUUUAUUGACAUUGUAUAUAGCUCUAUGUAAAUAGGAUUGCAACUGUCGGGUUUUGUGUUCUUGUUUUCCUUUCGUUGGUUUUAAUUCCAGGCCACAGAAUUGCUGUUUCACACUAGAAAACACACUUUCUGCACCAACACCAACACAUUUGCAUAAGAGCAGCUGGCAAAAAUUCUGUUUUUCUUUUUUGAUGUCCCAAAGUAGGGGAGAGUGCUAUUUCCUAUUUUAGCCAAAAUUGGGGAGGGGGUGCCACUUUCCAGCUGUACUUUAAAUCCUUUAAAACAUAACUCAGUUGCUAUGGGGAGGAAGGAGGGUAGAGACCAUGGUUUGUCUAAAGUUUUCUUUUGUAUUCACAUUUGCUUGUCUCUGAUUUUCCUGAAAAGAAAGUGGAAUUAAUUUACUACUGUUGUCAAUAUUGAUGGUGUUUUGAAUUGGUGCCUACAGUGAUAGACAGUUCAAAAGUCAGGUGCUGAGAGAUGGUUUAAAGACAAAAGUUCAUGAAGGUAUAUUUUGUGUUAUAGUUGUUGAUGAGUUCUUUGGUUUUCUGUAUUAUUUCCCCCCCCUUCUUUAAAACAUCACUGAAAUUUCAAUAAAUUUUUAUUGAAAUGUCU